CAGUGCAUUUCCCUCUCCUAAAAAACUUAAGCUAAAUAUAUCUUGAAGAUUCCAAACGAGUCUUGGGCAGCACUUCUUGCUUGCAGAGCUUCUUCCCCGGGGAUCAGUUUUGUUUCGAUCUUGGCCGUGAAAGCACUAAUCGAGCAAUGUGGAAGAUACUAGUCGUGGUUCUUAGUAGUAUUAUACUAGCUGCUUCUCUUCCCAGUGACGAGCAGCCAGUAGCGAAUGCUAAUGAACAAAGUACAAUCAGCACGACGGCGGCCAGCUCUUCGAUAUCCACCGCAGCCAACCCAACCCAGUCUACGACGCAAUCAUUGGAAGAAUCUCCAGAGCCAUCGAUAUUAGUCACCAGUGGUAGCACCAGUACAACACCGUCAGAAGAAGAUGCAGAAAAAGAGGAGACUUCGACAUCAAAAACUAGAAUUACAUUCGACCAGCGCCAAGAAGGUCAUUAUAACAUUCGCGCAGAUUUGGAAAAUUUCAUGAUAAUUGUCGUCCCACCGAACCCAAUGGCCGGAAUGGGUUUGUUGGAUCUUCUGGCAGAAUCGGCGCUGAAGAGGUCAAAUGUGAAAAAAAUGUCCAAGAAGCAUCAUCUAUUGAGUAAGAUGGGUUUGAGGAAAGCCGAUGAUUCGAGGAUCGGUGCCUUCUUGCAACGCGCCCAGCAACGGCAAAGUGUUGACCCUCCAUUGGUGAGGACCGGUGAAUACAUUGAGGGUCGCACUCCAUACAGUGUUGAUAUCUCCAGUUCAGAGAGCGAUGUCGGCAACUUCAACGGCAAUAGUCAGGUCGGAAUGGUUCCUCCUCCACCCUAUCCCAUGCAGUUCCAUCACCUCGCUCCUGUCGACGGGUACUCAUCCUCACCACAAGGCAAGCUCUUUGAGAUCUUCAGUCGAUUCGGAGAAAGACGCUUCCCGAAGGCCAUCAGCCACCAUUCCAUAGAUGCCAAGGAGCUACAAAGUAAUCGCGUCCAAUCAGUGACUGAUGGAAGAAGUUACAACAAUCACCAAGUAUCUCUAUCUAAUGACGACGAAGAACCAGGUCCUCCGAAAAAUCCCACUGAAACGAAAAAAUACGUCGAUCUAGUGAACGCAGGAUCGCUUCCUCUGGCAGAUGAUUUGGAGCUCAACGGUGGGCGGUACCAAACAAGGUCAGCUGCCGCAAUUUUGAGCCCUAUCGAUCGGAAUUGGGAACUGAAACUUAUCGGCGCCAGUGAACAAUGCGGCCCCGGAAGAAGGAGGAACAGUUACGGCAUUUGUCAAUUUGUCCCAGAUAUUAAUUAGAGCGGAUAUGAAUAUUUAUGACUUUCUUUCUUAUCUUAAGUGUAACAUCGAAUAUCUUAUACUUGAUGCAGAGUGCUUUGCCAUUUUGAUGCUAUGCAUACAACAAUUAUUAUUCUUGGUUGUUAUAAAAAUAUUUUCUCAUGAAAUUUUUAUAUUUGAAAGUGUUUACGAAAAGGGAGGCAGAAUAUGCUCUAAAUUAAUUGUACUUUAAGGGUAAAUAUAUUCC